AUGAGCACCGCCCGCGUAGCCAAAACCGCCCAAUUGGGCUCCCAGCGCGACUACAACCACGCAACCGACCCUGAGUACAAGCGGCUGCGCGACGCCGCAGAGCAGGCGUACUCCAAGCGCCAGCAGUUCUCGCAGCAGUCGCAGCAGGCCUACAAGAGCGGCGACGGCGCCGCUGCGCGCGAGCUGAGCGAGAAGGCCAAGCAGCAGCUCGAAGUCGCCGAGAAGUUCAACCUCCAGGCCGCGGAAUACGUGUUCACCCAGAACAACGCCGACAGCGACAGCAAUGAGAUCGACUUGCACGGGCUGUACACCAAGGAAGCGCAGUGGAUCCUGCAGCGGCGCAUCGCCGCUGCUGUCGCCAACCGCGAAUCCGUACUCAAGGUCAUUGUCGGCAAGGGCCUCCACUCCGCCAACGGCGUGGCCAAAAUCAAGCCUGCCGUGGAAGAGUUGUGUUCUGAGGCGCACCUGGCCAACUACAUCGACCCCAAGAACGCGGGGGUCCUCGUGGUCGAGUUGCAAGGCGCUUCCGUGCCUGCCUCCUGGGCCACCACCGAGUACAGCUCCUACGCCCACGGCGGUGUUGCCAAACCCCCAUCGGCCCACCAAGCUCAAAACCAGCCCCAGCACCCAAAUUACCAGCAGCAACCCCACUACCAACAGCAGCAACAGCCCCAGUACCAACAGCAACAGCCCCAAUACCAGCAACCGGCCACCUCCAACGGGAACCAGGAUAUCGUCUCGGCAGUUCUCAACUUUCUCUGCAUGUGUGUGCGAAAAAACUUUUAG